AUGGGUCUUCUUGGCUUUCAUACCAAACCAGCCCCGCUGCUCAACCAGAACUACACUGUUUCUCCCGAGCGGAAGAGCAACAUCUUGUCUCAACUGACAUUCGCUUGGGUCUACCCAUUUCUCAAGCCUCAACCUGAUGAGGAUAGUGUCCGAGCGGAGAGAAGCGGGUCGGUUAAGGUUGCCAUUGACGGCAAAAACGAGACGUCAGAAUUGGGUCACAAUAAGGAGGAGCUUGAGGCAGCAGCCACACAGACCUUACAGCCCAUGGUCUCACGAGCGGAUUUACCUGGUGCCAAUGUCAACCCAAAAGCUGCCUCUAUCCGACAAGCUGAAAAGACCUUUGUGCCUUCAACCAACCGCUGGACAUGGGUGCUGCCACUGUUCUUAAAGAAGAAAGACAUAUCUGGUUCAAUGUUGGCAGAGAAACAUGAGAAGGCGGCCAUGCGAAGCCAUUCAAUCCGCCUAUUUUGGUCUUGCCUUCGUACCGUCCGGCGAGAUCUCCUGAUAGCGCUGUCAGUUAGACUUGUAUCGCGAGGCAUCAUCCUCGCUUCAUCUGUUGCUGUCAAGGAGUUGAUACGUUUUGUCUCGGAGUCCCAUGCAUGGAGCAAAGCCUCAGACGACGAACGGAUCAACUUGAGUCAGCCGAAACAUAUCGGCGUGGGGUUUGGCCUCGCCAUAGGUCUGGCUGCCAUGCAACAAACUGCAUUCAUCCUCAACGGAGUCUAUGGAUACCGGUCGCUCUUUGCAGGGUCCCUGCUGCGGAUAGCUCUCAUUGACCAAAUCUCUCGGAAAUCCAUGCGACUUUCCACAAGAGCCCGGGUCAAGCAGACUGCUGGCCGACUGACAAGUGCAGUAUCAGGGGAUGCAACUUUUAUGGAUACAGGAAGCACCAGCAUGGUUGAUGUCAUUGUGGAACCCAUUGCCAUUACAGUGGGCUGCGCGCUGUUGAUCUACAACCUUGGGUACAGCGCCCUGGUUGGUGUGGGUGUAUUGUUCGCAUCAUCACCAAUUUUGACUGCAAUGAUGAACCAGCUCAUUGGCAGCCGACAAGAACAGAUGAAAUUUAUCGACAAGCGGUUGAGGCUUCUAAGCGAGAUAUUCAAAUCAAUUCGUCAGAUCAAGCUGUACGCAUAUGAAGCGUUCUUUGGAGAACGGAUCAUUCAAGUCAGAGAAAAAGAACUGGGACGGCUCAAAGUCAUUGUUUGGAAUCGAAGUAUGGUCAUUGCCACAAUGACUUUCCUGCCAACUCUUGCUGCGGUCUUGACUUUCAUCACCUAUGGACUAUCCGGUCACAAUCUGGAACCUGCCGUCAUCUUCUCUGCAUUCCAGCUAUUCAACAUCAUUCAGACACCUCUUCAAAAUCUACCCGCCUCAUUUGCCAAUCUGACUGAUGCAUGGGUUGCCCUGACCCGCCUCUCAGACAUCUUUUUGGCUGAGGAAUACUCUGGAAGCGGACAUAUCGAGAGCAAUCCGCACUCUGAUGCAGCAGUAACGGUCCAUGGAGAUUUCACAUUCGAAUCCUCUGAGCCCUCCAGCAACAGCAGUCAGAAUGAGACUGCAGGAAGGGAUCGUAAAGCUGAAAAGGAAGAAAAGAAGCGGAAAGCUGUGGCUGAGCGCGUGGCCAAAGCACAGGAAAAGCAAAGCUUGCCCUUGGUGGCAGAGGAAGAAUUGGAAGAUGUGGCCAGCAUCCGUCCUCCUUUCAUGCUGAGGAACAUUAACCUGUCAAUCCCACGUGGAGCAUUUGUUUGCGUAAUUGGCCGCAUUGGCUCUGGCAAAAGUGCACUCAUGGCUGCCUUGAUCGGCGAGAUGCGGCAGAUCAAGGGCAACUUAGAACUUGGAGGCACGUUGAGCUAUACAGCACAACAAUCUUGGAUACAAAAUGCCACUCUCAGGGAGAACAUCACAUUUACCAAUGACAAUCUGGAUGAAGAAAGGCUUGCAAAUGCCAUUACAAGCUGUGCUUUAUCCAGAGACAUAGAACAGCUGCAAGAUGGUCUAGAUACUGAAAUAGGAGAGCGCGGAAUCAACCUAUCAGGAGGUCAAAAGGCUCGAAUUGCACUUGCACGAGCAGUGUAUCAUGAUGCAGACAUUGUGCUGCUGGAUUCUCCACUAGCUGCUGUGGACAGUCAUGUUUCAGCUCACCUGGUUGAGAAGUGCAUCUUAGGACAAGGUGCACUUGGAAACAAAACCCGCAUCCUUGUGACGCACCACCUGGAAGUUUUACCAGAUGCAGAUAUGAUCUUGGUCAUGGAAGAAGGGCGUAUAGCUCAACAAGGAACGUACAAGGAGCUGAUGAGUAGACCUGGCCUGCUACAGAGUCUCAUGGCAGAGCAUGGAAACAAUCAGGCAGACCAUGGCAAGACGGGAAGUGAAGAGACCGCUAUCGCUGAGAAGGAAGACAGCAGAACUUUCAAGGACAAGCCUCAAGAUGCCACUUCAAAUACCAAAUUGAUCAUGGAUGAGGAGCGCAAUACUGGCAGCAUAUCCUGGAGAAUCUACAUGGCUUAUGCACGUGUCAUGAGCAAAGAAUGGUGGUUCAUCACAUCAAUCUUGAUGUUGAUCUUUGGCCAAGCAAGUUCUGUGCUCAACACACUCUUCCUGGGUUUCUGGAGUGGUCAGUCAAUCUCAGGAUUCAGGCAAGGAGAUUACAUGGCUCUUUAUGCAGCCUUUGGUGCCGCAAGUGCCCUGUGUGCAUUUGCCUCAAGCUAUGCAAUGUUCAUGGCAGGGGUCCGCGCCUCCUUCAUCAUGUUUGACAGCGCAUUGACAAGUGUCUUGCGCUCACCAAUAUCAUUCCAUGAUGCAACUCCUGUUGGCCGGAUUAUCCACCGCCUCACAAAAGAUGUUGAGAAGCUGGAUGACAGGCUCACCUAUCAAUGGUAUUCUGUCCUGGUCAACUUGGCUGCAGUUGUAGGCACCAUAUUUCUUGUCUUCUACACUUACCCCUUAUUAGGGAUCCUCUUUCUACCUCUCACUCUCAUUUAUAUGGCUGUAGGGAAAUUCUUCAACAGGUCAUCUAGGGAGAUCAAGCGUUUGGAUUCUCUACAACGGUCAUUUGUCUACAGCUCUUUUGGAGAGCAGUUGGGAGGACUUUCCACUAUCCGGGCCUUUGGUAUGCAGGACCAUUUCCUUAAAAGGCUUCAAGAAAAAGCAGAUCGACAAAUGCGCUCGGAAUACCUCAUUGUCACUGCCAGAAGAUGGCUUGUGCUUAGGCUUGACAGUCUUGGCACUCUUCUGAUUUUGGGAAUUGGUCUCUUUGGAGUUGGGUUGAGGAACCAAGUUGACCCUAUCAAACUUGGAGUUGUCUUGACAUACUCCAUCAGGACCGUUCAAGUCUUUGGCUUGAUGGUACAUUAUGCUGUGCAGGUUGAGCAGGAAAUGAAUACUGCUGAGCGAGUUUUACAUUAUAUUGACUUGGAGCAUGAGGCUGCACCAAGCUUGGGAUGCGAUCCUCCAAGCAACUGGCCUCAAAACGGUCAUGUCAUCUUUGACAAUGUUCAAAUGCGCUAUCGACCGGAUCUGCCACUGGUACUGAAGGGCCUUACAUUUCAAGCACAACCUGGGGAGAAGGUGGGGAUCGUUGGCCGGACUGGAGCAGGGAAGAGUUCACUGGCUCAAGCACUGUUCAGAAUCGUUGAACUGGCAGAGGGCAGCAUCAAGAUAGAUGGCUAUGACCUGAGAAAUAUAGGCUUGGAUACCCUUCGUUCCCAACUAUCAGCAUUACCGCAGGACACCCUUCUUUUCUCUGGAACGAUGAGAGAAAAUUUGGAUCCAACAGGCAUCAAAUCUGACCAUGAACUCAAUGAUAUCCUUCAUCGUUGUGGCCUGGUUCCAACUGCUGCUCAAAUUCAAGCUGGAUCUGAUGUGGAACGCUACAAGAAAUUCCAGUUGGAUGCAAUCAUCAGUGAUGACGGCGAGAACUUCUCAGGAGGAGAACGUCAACUUGUUGCUCUGUGUCGAGCCCUUGUGAAAAAUUCACAUGUCUUGCUACUAGAUGAAGCUACCAGCAGUGUGGAUCCUGAAACAGAUGCAAUCAUCCAAGAUUGCAUCAGGAAGGAGUUUUCUAGCACAACUCUGUUGUGUAUUGCUCAUCGACUUGCCACUAUAGCGUUUUAUGACAAGGUGCUGGUGAUGGAUGCAGGUCGGAUUGCUGAAUUUGCCCACCCGUUAGAACUGUUUGAUAGGCCCAACUCGAUAUUCCGUUCGAUGUGCGACGCAGCCAAACUGACCCGUGAAGCUAUCAUCCGGAUUAGAGCAGGAGAGAAUGCGCGCAAUGUUGAGGGAGAGAUGGAAGCCGGAAUGCAGCCUGAGAGCGGUGCAAUGGAAAAGAUCCCGGACGAACCGUAUACGCUUGGAGAAACGGCCAGAAAGGCGGACCAGGCUGAUGAAAUUGUCGCGGUCAUCCCGACUGAAGAUCACGCCACUGACAAGCAGAAAGACUAG